ACGAUCUGUUUACUAAAUCUAGCAUUGAAACAUCUCGGAUAACUGCGCGCACCCGCUCCGCCAUAAAGGGGAUAUCAAUCGCACGCCGAAACACGGAUCACAGUUAAUGAACACAGACAGAGAUUUCCAGAUGAUGAAAAAACAUGAGAGGGCACAUUUUUUCAGCUCUAAAGAGCAGGAACUCAUUUUGAAGUUGUAUGAAGAAGAAAGAGAGAUAUUGACAGCCAAAUCCAACACUACAAGCGCCUCUAAACUGAGAGAGGAAGCCUGGCAGAGAAUUGCUGAUAAAAUCAAUGCGGUAUCGGACAGUGGCUACAAAAGGACAUGGCAGCAAGUUAAAGUCAAACACAAAAACAUAGUGCAAACAGCAAAAAGAAGAAGGGUCGAAGUGAUGAGGAAUGAGGGGGGGUCAGCAACCCCUUCGCUGACCUCUGCUGAGGAGGAUGUGCUGCAGCACAAAGACCAUAGGCUGAGAGUGGAGGUCCUCCCUGGGGGUGCCUGUAUUGAGCCACUGACUGGAUCCGACGGCUCUUUUAUCAGUGUGUCAGGCCACCCUGUCCUCCUCCUGCCUGUAACAAAGACUGAGCCAGAGAGCUUGAGCAGUGAUGAGACAGAUGUCAGUGAUACACAUUUUGAAGGGAAUGUGCAAAGUAGCAGCUUCCAGGAAAGGUCCAACUCAGCACUUGCUACAACCGGGGGCAGAAGUGCAGAGAGGCAGACAGACGACAUAAGGGCCCUUUACUGCUGCUACCUCAAAAAGGAGAUAGAGAACCGCGACCAACAGAUGGCAUACAGAGCACUUAAAAUGAAGAAGCUGGAAAAAGAAAUCUUAUUACUUGAUAAGCAGUUAAAGUGACUAUGCAAAGAAAUGAUAGUGUUUAUAUCCUAUCAUUAUGUUAAAGCAAACUUUGAUUUACUUAGGUCAGACAACAGUAAUAAAUUGCUUCGGUUAUAUAUAUAUAUUAUAAUAUGUCAUAUACAGACAUAUUUCGCCUUGCCUACAGCAUACCUGGAGUGGUGUGUGUGGUCUCAGUCUAACUGAGCAUGUACUAGAUUUGGCACAUGCUCAGCUAGAUUGAGGUCAGAUAGAUUAGUCAAGACCUCUUUUUGGUUGCCUUGUCUGUUGUGGCCAACCCCACAUCGCGUUGCUGAAACAUUUGUAAUAAGAUGUGGAAUCACCUAAUGUGAAAAAACUCCGAGGUGUGACACUAGGCUACCUGUACAUUUAGGCUGUGCAAAGUCUUUCUAUAUUCAUCUCUCUCUUUAAAUGACAAGCAAAAAUGUCAUUGGUUUACAUUCAUUUUUAAAAUGUA